UUGGAGCAGGUCUGGGAGCAGGUCUGGGAGCAGGUCUACAGAUCCGGGAGCAGGUCUACAGGUCUGGGAGCAGGUCUACAGGUCUGGGAUGUGGUUCUGGGAUGUGGUUCUGAAGUAGAUGGAACAUUCCCGUCCCGUGGACUCCGGACUACCUGUCACGUCUCCCCGCUCGGAGGACACCCCGACCCGAACAGGAGAGCAGAGACGCGCGUAAUUCCCUCAGUGCGUCUCCCCGCGCCAUGCCGCCUCUCCGCCUCUGACCGCCGCCUCCCGACGCCUCCUCUCCCCGGAGGAACUUGGACCGAGACCAUGAAGACGACGCGGAAAUGUCGCGCACUGCUGUCCGUGGGUCUGAACCUGGUGGCGCUGUUCUUCUCCACCACCGCCUUCAUCACCACGUACUGGUGCGAGGGCACCCAGCGCGUGCCCAAGCCCAACUGCAGCAAGCAGCGGCGCCACAACUGCAUCGACUACGGAGUGAACGAGACGGACCAGAACAAGGUCCACUACAGCUGGGAGACCGGGGACGACCGCUUCCUGUUCCGUCGCUUCCACACCGGCAUCUGGUACUCGUGCGAGGAGAACAUCCACGAGGCAGGUGAGAAGUGUCGGAGCUUCAUUGAUCUGGCCCCGGCGUCUGAGAGAGGUGUGUUGUGGUUGUCCGUGGUGUCCGAGGUUCUCUACAUCCUGCUGCUGGUGGUCGGCUUCAGCCUGAUGUGUCUCGAGCUUUUCCACUCCAGCAAUGUCAUCGACGGACUCAAACUCAACGCCUUCGCCGCCGUCUUCACCGUGCUGUCUGGUCUUCUGGGUAUGGUGGCCCACAUGAUGUACACUCAGGUGUUCCAGAUCACAGUCAGUCUGGGUCCUGAAGACUGGAGGCCUCACAGCUGGGACUACGGAUGGUCCUUCUGCAUGGCCUGGGGUUCGUUCACCUGCUGCAUGGCCGCCUCCGUCACCACCCUCAACUCCUACACCAAGACGGUGAUCGAGUUCAGACACAAACGCAAGCUGUUUGAGCAGGGUCUGCGGGAGGAGCAGAACUACCUGGACCAGGAGGCCUUCCACUACUUCCGGGACCGCUCCCUCCAGUCCAUCUCCAGCACUGUGGAGGUCUACCCGGGCCACGGCGGAGCCAGAGCCGGGCUCGUCGUCGGGGGCCCUGUUCCAGGACCGGGACCGGGUCGUGGCCCCGGGAGAGGCGAGAUGAGAGGCACGUCAGCCUCCAUAGACCUGGGGGAGAACACAGACUCUCUGGGGGAGGAGCAGUGCUGAGAAUCCAUGAACGGCUUCUUUAGGUCUGAACUGGCGACGGGUUCUUCCACCGAACACGAAAGCACAGCAGCCCUUUUUUUUUCUGUUUGAGGAAAAUUAUUAACCCGUCGAAGAGAGUUGGAGACAGUGAAAUUAAUUUACUAGACGGAUAUAUCCUUUAUAUAUUAACUGAAAAUCAAUAUGUAUGAAAAAACAGAGAGAUCUGUGACUUUGAGAACCAGAAAUUAAGAUCCUUUGUUUACGGAAGAAGGUGUUCUCCAGCAUAAAUCAAGGUGUUAUGUGUAGUAUUUCAACAUGGAUAUUAUACAUUUAGAUGCAUCAAAAGUGAACCUAUUUAAUGUCUGUGGCCAGAAGUUGCAUUUACAAAAUUAAAGUGAAUUCAGAAGAGUAGCAGCAAAUGUAGAGAGCCGUUAAAUGGAAGUUAUACAGCAAUAUCUACCGUAAAUUCGCUAACAUGAGAGUCCAUAGAGAGGCGAAGUCCCGCCCCUUCUGUUGGGUCACCAUGGGACCUUAUUUCGGAAGAAAUAUGCACAGUUGUCAAAAAUCAUACAUGUAAUUCUCAUUAUAUUUAUUUCCUAAAUAUAUUUUAGAGCAGUGCAGAUUAAAACCAAAAACAUAGAUAUUUUUUAAUGCUUAACAAACUUAAUUGUUGAUGAAAAUGGGUAGUAAACUAAAGGAACAUGUGUCACUUUUCAAGAAAACAAAGAGAGGUGAGAGUUUCAGGAGCUGGCUGAUGUUACAGCAGGGCUUUGGCUCUUUAUAAAUGUUCUCUUUUUUAAAUCCACCAUCUUGUGGCCAUUAGAAGAACUGCAGCUUUUUACUGAUGGAUCGUGUCUCUCAUCUUUCCUCUGGUUCAGAAAAAAACUGAGAAUGAUUCAGAGGUGGACACGCAGGGUGAUCUACCUGGAGAAAAACACAAAAUACUACACAUAGCACUUUUAAACAGGUUGUACAAAGCCAAGAACAUAUUUA